AUGGCGCCAAAGAAUGAUGCAGUCAAUAACACAGACAGAGAGUUUCUCUCUCAGUUGCCUGGCCAAGUGAAAAAGUACAAGUCAGUUGACACUGUUCCAGACACCAAUGAAGCUGUCAAUUACCCAACAAAAUUCCUCAAUUCUCUGGAAUCACUAGGUGUGCCACCACACAAUCUGGAGCUCAAGUAUCUGCUUUUCAGGUAUCUGGACUCACCAACACUUUGCAAUGGAACACGUUUGGCUGUUAAGAGGCUGAUGCCACAUGUCAUUGAGGCUAAAAUAUUGAUUGGGCAUGCUGCAUGA